AUGUCAAGCUUCGCACCAGACCCGCUAGGCAAAGACCCAGCGGAAGAAUCCUCAAAAUCAUCGAAGUCUUUAAGCAAAGCUUUCUCGAGAGUAGACUUGGAUGGACAUGACCUCCCACCAUCGCCAGCGCCUUCGAGCCCACGCAAUGGCAAAAGAUAUGCUUUAGCGACGGAAUUGGUUUACACGGAGGGAACAGACCAAUACAAUGCCAGCAGUACGCCCAUAUAUCAGUCUGCAACUUUCAAGCAAACGUCUGCUGGUGGUGAAGGCGCUGAAUAUGACUACACAAGGUCUGGCAACCCUACACGGACACAUCUCGAACGGCAUCUGGCCAAGAUCAUGUGCGCCGAACGCGCGCUCGUUGUCUCGUCUGGAAUGGGAGCUCUAGACGUCAUCACGAGACUGCUACGGCCUGGGGAUGAAGUGGUUACCGGCGACGACCUAUACGGAGGAACCAACCGAUUGCUGAAAUAUCUUGCAACCAAUGGCGGGAUAAUUGUUCAUCAUGUCGAUACCACAAAGCCGACGUCGGUACAGCGUGUCGUUGGACCCAAGACGGCUAUGGUGCUCCUGGAAACCCCUACAAAUCCUUUGAUCAAGAUCGUGGAUAUUCCCACAAUAGCAAACCUUGCCCACGAAGCCAAUCCCGAAGCUCUGGUUGCGGUUGACAAUACCAUGCUUUCGCCUCUACUACAGAACCCGCUGGAAUUGGGAGCCGAUAUUGUCUACGAAAGCGGCACGAAAUAUCUCUCUGGUCAUCAUGAUUUGAUGGCAGGCGUCUUGGCUGUCAACAGUAGCGCCAUCGGCGACAAGUUGUAUUUCACUAUCAAUGCGUCAGGCUGUGGCUUGGCACCUUUCGAUUCAUGGCUCCUCAUGCGAGGAAUCAAGACACUGAAAGUCCGAAUGGAACAACAACAGUCCAAUGCGCAACGGAUAGCAGAAUUCCUCGAAUCUCAUGGUUUUAAAGUGCGAUAUCCAGGACUCAAGUCACAUCCUCAAUACGCGCUUCACAACUCAAUGGCACGUGGUGCAGGCGCGGUGCUAUCCUUCGAGACAGGUAGUAUCCACGUCAGCGAGCGGAUUGUGGAAGCGGCAAAGCUGUGGGCGAUAAGCGUCAGCUUUGGAUGUGUCAAUAGCUUGAUCAGUAUGCCCUGUCGUAUGAGUCAUGCAAGUAUUGAUGCAAAGACGAGGCAAGAGAGGGCUUUGCCGGAGGAUAUUAUCAGGCUGUGUGUUGGGAUCGAGGAUGUUGACGACUUGAUAGACGAUCUUAGCAGAGCUCUCGUUUUAGCAGGCGCCGUCAACCUCACCCCUGAGGGUUUUCAUCACGCAGCUGAAAAAGGGCCUACUGCCAAGCUUGAUACCCAGUCUAACAACAUCUUUUAG